GAGAAAUUGGAACAGUAGUAAAAGACACAAACACCCCUCCUUUUUUUCUCUCUCUCGAUCUCUCCGCUCAUUUAAAAUUCUCUCCCACCGGAAAACAAUAUUUUCCAAAAACAGAUUCCUCUCUCUCUCUUCCCAUAUAUUUCCGGAUCUUCUCUCCUUCUUCUCUUCUUCUCCUGGUUUUUCCUUUUCCCCGAAAUUCCACCCCGAGAAUAAAACUUCUCCUACGAAUUUCAGGUGAAGGAGGAGGAACAAACGAAGAAAGGCCAAGGACCGAGCGAAAAUGAGCACGGGAGAGCUCCUCAGCAUCGAACCUCUAGAGCUCAAAUUUCCAUUUGAAUUGAAGAAGCAGAUCUCAUGUUCGCUUCAGUUAUCCAACAAAACCGAUAGUUAUGUGGCUUUCAAGGUGAGAUGAUUUCUUCCUCAAUCUUCUUUCGUCCUUCUCCCCGCGAUUUUCCCCCCUUGUUUUGAUUUGGAAUUUCUUUUCAAUUUCUGUCCGUCCGGUGGGAGAUCGAAUUCUGGUCGUUUCCGUGAUGUGGCACUUCUGUUUGGCUGCUUGGGAGAGAAAAUGGAGUUUCUGAAUCUAUCUUUCUCUUUUGAGUUCUUGUACUUUUUUUUUUGUUUGUGUUUGUUUUCUUUCUGCUCCAUUUCCCUUUUGCGGCAAUUCAAGUCCAAGCAGCUCGAAAUCUCUUUUCAAAAGCAGAAUGUCAAAACAACUAAUCCGAAGAAGUACUGCGUUCGGCCGAAUGCAGGGGUCGUUUUGCCUCGAUCAACAUGUGACAUUAUAGUUACGAUGCAAGCGCAAAAGGAGGCUCCUGCUGACAUGCAGUGUAAGGACAAGUUUUUGCUCCAGAGCGUAAAAGCUCCCGAUGGUUCGGCUGCAAAGGAUAUCACUGCCGAGAUGUUCAACAAGGAGGCAGGGCACCAGGUUGAGGAAACCAAGUUGAAGGUUGUAUAUGUAGCUCCACCUCAACCGCCUUCUCCUGUUCCUGAAGGCUCAGAGGAAGGGUCUUCACCACGCGGUUCCGUGUCUGACAAUGGACAUGUAAACGGUGCUGAGUUUGCUGCUGCUUCAAAAGCAUUCGUUCAGCGAUUUGAUUCGGAUGAGAAGUCUCCUGAGGCAAAAUCCCUUAUUUCAAAGCUGACUGAGGAAAAGAACAAUGCCAUUCAGCAGAACAACAAGCUUCGUCAGGAAUUAGAAAUGUUGAGGCGUGAGGGAAGCAAAAGCCGCGGUGGAGUGUCAUUUAUGUUCGUCGUCAUUGUGGCAUUACUGGGGAUGUUGUUGGGAUUCCUGUUGAAGAAGACGUAAACCCGCAGCAGAAGAUCAUCCAUCCUUCCCUGAACAUAAAAUCAUUCUGUCAUGUCUUCAACAUCAUCAUUCCCCUCUCAUACCACAUUCAAAGAAUGAAGGGGGUAACCGAAAAAAGAGAAAGACUCCAAUGAACAGAGUUCUUAAGGUUCCAUUUGUUAGUUAAACUGGAUCUGUUAUUAGCCAAAAGAAUCUUGUGUUUUUUCUUAGGUCAGGCUAUUUGGUGUUUGCCGUUCUUCAGAUUGACAUGCAUUUGUUUUUUUGUAACUUAAAGAGUCUUCUUUUUCCUUUUCUUUUCUAAUCCUUUUUUCUUUAUGGAGAAUUCUAUAUUAGACCCUCACUAUUGUGGUAAUGUUGAUACUAAGAAGCUUCGAAUAAUCUUUACACAUUCGUCCCUAAGUCCUCACUAUUCUGGUGAUAUUUUCCACAUUCGUCACUAUUGUGGUAAUGUUGGAACAUCCGAUAAAAUUGGAAUGAACACGAUUAUGUUACGGUUUGUUACUAUCUGCAUUAUCAAUGUGACUACAAUUUUGGUAUAUAAUUAUUUUACAUAUUGGAAGGGAUUGGAUGGAUGCUUCUUAGUUCUUGUCAGUUGUCAGUUUUCCACCGCUUCUCUGGAACACUCUUUUUUCUUUUUUGCAUUCGGUACACCGUUCUUAAAUGUCAAACCCCUCGACAACAGAAAGUUC